AUGUUUGGUCGCAAAAUCCGAACGUGUCUCGAGCUUCUGCGUCCACCACCGGUACGUGUCCCAGUGCCAACCGACGAUGACCGCAAGCAACCGAGGUCCUUCAACCGAAACGAGACCGUGUACGCCAAACUACAUGGUCAUACCGGUUGGAAGUGGGCUCCUGGUGUCGUCGUCGAGAAGAUCGGAGACGUUAUGUACAACGUGUGGGUCGAAGAUCGCCGAAUGCUACGCUCGCAUAUCAACCAACUUCGGAGUCGCCUUGCUGCUGGCGCGAUACCGAAGCAACCCACUGUACAUGCCACCUUAAACCAACAUUCGCUGCCGCUGGACAUUUUGCUGGAUGCCUGGGAUCUCCCAAGCCAAUCACCAGGUCUAUCUUCACCAGAGCCUGUCUCCAGUGCUGAGAGAACCAUGGUAGGUUCCGGGCCGACUCUUGCAACGUCUACGCCACGUCAUGAGGUCUCGGCGUUCGUCCCGUCAUCAGCAUCGUCAUCAUCAACAACAACAACGCCAACAUCGACAGAGUUCGAGUCCGCUGUCGAAGUAGAACUAGCUGUAGACAUCCCUAGGCGCUCUUCACCACUACGAAGACCGCCAGUAAAGUUUGAUCCGUACCACCUCUAUUAA